AUAGGCGCAUCGUCCCUCCUGAAAACGGCGCGCCCGUUCCUCGGGGGGCAAAUGACCCAGUUGCAUGGGUUCCUCCAUGGGUUGGUUCUCCUGACGGCGGGGGAAAGUUCGGGAUUGUACGGGAACCGCCCUCACUCCUGGUCUGGUGAGGAGGCAGCGGUCCAGCUGGAGAGCCAGGUCCACCGCCUGGUCCAGGGUGGUUGGAGCCUCGUGACCAAUCAUGCCCUCACGGAUGCGGGGUGACAAUCCCUCCAAGUACACAGCCUUCACCGCGGCAUCACCCCAGGUUAGACGGGCAGCGGUGGUCCGGAAGCGUGAGGUGAAUUCGGCCACGGUCUGAGAGCCUUGUCGAAGCUGGAGCAGGCGUGUCUCAUCUGCGACCUCGCUGCUGGGAUGAACGAAUGCCUUCUUCAGUUCUUUCACGAAGGCUUCAUAGUCGUUGCAGACUGGGGACUUCUGAUGGUACAGAGCAGCCGCCCAUUCACCGGCUCGCCCAGUCAGCAGGGAGGUUAACAGAGCCACGCGAGAGCAGGAAGUCGGGUAGCGUGCCGGCUGACACUCAAAAGUCAUUGACAGAACGGCCAACAUGCUCUCCGGGGAUCCUUUAAUCCCAUCCCAUUUCUCUGGGAGACUUAGAUACGGCUCCACCACGUUAGGAGUGGCAGAUGACUGUCGUUGGAGGGCUGAGGAGAGUUGGACUACCAGUUCGGUGACGGAAUCGAGUUUGGAUGCGAGGCGAUCAGUAACAGCACGCAGCUGAUUGUUCUCCACACGGAGUUGGGCGUUGUCCGCCUCCUGGCGUUCUACUCGGCUGAGCAGCUGCGCUACCUCAGCUCGCAGCUGUGCGAUCUCCGCUGGGUCUACUCGGGACUCAGUCAUCCUGUCAGGUUCGGUGGGCUGAGCUGGAGUGGUUAUGAGACCCAGGCGCGGAGAGAAUGGUGGAUGGAGACUGAUAUGUGGCAGCGUGGGAAGUUCUCUUCCCGUAUGGUUUGUAGAGUUAGUGUCUUAGGUCUUAGAAUGGCUUGGCGUCUAUCGUUAGAUGAUGACUGAGUGCCGGCUCCGCUGUGACAGGUCCUUAAAUAGGCUCAGCGGGAUGACGUCACCGGGAAGCGUCGGUGACAGGCAUGCUGGGAACUGGAGUGCAGCGCCAGCCCGGCCCGCAGAGGAGGUUAAGAGGAGGAGUUCAUGACACAGAUGCACCGUUAAAGAGGUUCCUCCUUCCACUCCAGCAGAUGCAAUACGUGUAUUGGAAAGAGACUUUAAAGAUGCUGAAAGAAAUGAAAAGACUGUGUCACAAGAGGAUCUAUUAUUCCUCCAAAAACUUGAGGAAGGCAUAGUACAAACGAAAAAGGGAAAUUAUGAAAUGCCAUUGCCGUUCAGGAAAAGACCUCAAAUGCCAACUAACAAAAAACUUGCUGAAAGCAGACUAAGUCAACUGAAACGCAAACUCAUGAAGGAUCAAAAAUACAAGGAGGAUUACAUGAAAUUCAUGAAUGAAAUGAUCAAAAGAGGUGAUGCAGAAUAAACUGACGAUAUUGGACCACCUGGUGAGACAUGGUAUAUACCUCACCACGGUGUUUAUCAUCCAAAGAAACCUGACAGGUUGCGCAUAGUUUUUGACUGUUCAGCUAAGCACAAUGGUACCUGCCUUAAUGAUCAUUUACUAAAUGGCCCUGACAUGAUCAACAGUUUAACUGGUGUUUUGGUGCGCUUCAGACAGCAUAAAGUCGCUCUAAUGUGCGACAUUGAAAAAAUGUUCCACCAGUUUCAGGUUAAGGAAGAUGAUCGCAACUAUUUGCGCUUCUUAUGGUGGAAGGAUGGUGACUUUAACAGCCAGCCACAAGCAUACAGGAUGACAGUCCACCUUUUUGGCGCUGCUUCAUCCCCAGGGUGUGCGAACUAUGGACUCAAACAUCUGGCUAAGGAAAACAGAUCUGCAUAUCCUGUAGGCUCACAGUUCAUAACCAGGGACUUCUAUGUAGAUGACAGAGUCACCAGCGUACAAAAAACUGAGGAUGCUAUUCAACUAGUAAAGGAAGCACGUAAUCUAUGUGCAAAGGGUGGAUUAAGGCUGCAUAAGUUUGUAUCCAACAACACUGAUGUUUUAAACAGCAUCCCAACAUCAGAGCUGGCAACAGAUACAAAAACAAAGGACUUGACAUUCAAAGAGGCACAAACAGAAAGAGCCCUUGGCAUUUAUUGGAAUGUAGAGAAAGACUGCUUUACGUUCAACAUCAUGCUGAAGGACCAACCCCCAACCAGGCGGGGCAUCCUAUCAGCAGUUGCAGCAAUAUAUGAUCCCCUCGGAUUUUUAGCUCCUUAUGUGCUCAACGGCAAGGGAAUUCUCCAAGAAAUGUGCCGUCAAGGAACAGACUGGGAUGACCCAAUACCAGAUCACCUCAGGCCACGGUGGGAGUGCUGGAAAGGAGACCUGCAAAGUUUAAAGAACGUCCAGAUAAACAGAUGUUAUGCUCCUGCAGAAUUUGGAGAAGUGAUCAAAAGAGAAUUACAUCACUUUUCAGAUGCAAGCACCACAGGAUACGGCCAAUGUACCUAUCUUAGACUCACAAACAAAAACAAAGAAGUUCAUUGUGCCUUUGUCAUGGGCAAAGCACGUGUCUCACCCACAAAGGUCACCAUUAUACCCAGGUUGGAACUCACCGCAGCCACAGUAUCAGUCACAGUGAGCAAAAUGCUAAAGGAGGAGCUGCUCUACGAUGAUGUAGAAGAGUUCUUUUGGACAGAUUCAAAGGUCACUUUAGGGUACAUAAAUAAUGAGGCAAGGCGCUUCCACACGUUUGUUGCGAAUAGAGUGCCGAAAAUACGGAGCCACACCUCACCGCAACAAUGGUUUCAUGUACCUACUGAUGAAAAUCCCGCCGACAUGGCUUCCAGGGGCACUUCUGUAAAGGAACUGCUUUCAUCCAACUGGCUCACCGGCCCUCAGUUUCUGUGGAAAGGAGAAAUACAGCUUCCAACAAGAAAGACUAUCGAGCUCCCAGUAGGAGACCCAGACGUGAGAAAGGUGCAGACCCUAAACACUCAAGCUGUAAAACAUGCAAGUCUCAGUGACCACCUCACAAAGUUCUCCUCCUGGUCCCGUGCAGUUAGUGCUGUUGCACGUCUCAGACGAUAUCUGCUCAAAGACAAAUCAAAGACACUCACCACUGUAGCUGAAAGGAAAAUAGCUGAAACUGUGAUCAUCAAAGAUUUGCAAGGACAAGUGUAUCACAAUGAAAACUUCAAGUGCUCUGCCUCCACUCGGAACAUUCAUAAAAGAGGACUUGUAUGCACGAAAGCGAUGGCGCCAAGUUCAGUACCUUCUUGAGCAGUUCUGGAACAGAUGGAGAAAAGAGUACCUUCAGAACCUUAUAGUGAGACAAAAAUGGCACACACCAAAAAGAAACAUGCAAAUUGGAGACAUAGUGAUGGACAAAGAUGACAUGCUACCACGCUCUCAAUGGAAACUUGGUCGAAUCGUGGACACUGUGCAGGACACUGAUGGACUUGUCAGAAAGGUCAAAAUAGCCUCUGCAGACAAAAAUCUAAACAAUAAGGGCCAACGUGUCAGCAAAAUGUCUGUGGUAGAACGCCCCGUUCAUAAGUUGGUCUUGUUGUUAGAAGACUGUAAUGUUUGAAUCUACAAUGCUUUAAAGUGUUGGAAAAUGUUUUAUUUUAUUUUUUUUUGUUUUUGAAUUUUAUACAAAGUAUCUGUUAAGCUACUGUUAUUGUUAUGGAAAAAUUAUUUGUGUUUAUAUGUUCAAUAGUAAAUAAUUUGGUGGGAGUGUAAAGGUGAAUGUAAAGGUGAACUAUUUCUUUAUGUUUAACAACGGCAAAGGUAUACGGGCUUUUAUUUUGAUAGCGUCAUAGCAACCGUAGCCAAGUAGGGAGGCGCAACGGGCGCAACACAGAAGAAGCAAACGGAAAUCUAUUAGAAGUAAAGACAGAGCAAAGGAUAGGCUAUUAACGGUUCACGGAGAAGAAGACAAAGAAAGUUUGAAGAAUACUUCUGUCUAGCUUCAGUUGAUAAGGGGAACAAGCUCUUACGUUGGUUGGUUGAUGAUACGGACGGCUCAAUAAAUCAUCAUUCACCAUCAGUUCCGGCCUUCUCGAUAUUGACUGAAUGCUACAAAAUGUUUUGUUGUAUUAUAUUGCUAAUUUCAUGUAAAUGGAAAGCCAAGGUAGCAGAUUUCUGUUGUUUAAUGUUAAAAUGGUUGAUUUCAGCAUUGAAUUUGUGCUUACUCGACACACAGGCGGUAGUUCAUAGGCCGUUGAUGUGUUUUCAGGGCGCCAUGUUGGCACCACCUCGUUGAGGACUAAAUGAGCUAAAAAAACAGACUUUUACUGUUACCUAAGGGCUAUCUGUGUGUUAUUUUUAAAUGUUUAUGCACCUUAUUCUAUCGUUAUGGUAGGCCAUUAAGGUUUGGACCGGGAAAUGCUGAGCUAGAACCGGAGUUGGAUUUCCUAAGCGUGAAACAAGAUGGCGAGCCGCCCUCGGACCCCUUGAACUGUGCCUUGCAGAAGGAGAAAAACUCCCCCUGCUGGACGUUGCGUUCUUUCACUGGAAUCUGGUAGGAUUUAUCCAUACACCUCUGCAGAAGAACGCUGGACUCACAAAGCACGGGAUAAACAUUCAGAAUAAUUCUGGGAUUUAUGGUUAAAGGAGAAAUACAUUUUUUGUUUUGUUUUUUUUGUUUAAAGGGUUUGUUCAGCCUUUUGCUGAAUUGUUUUAAGUUUUUACAUUUAUGCUGUUUAUUUUUUUUAUUUUGGUCAACCACACAUUUUAAUGCUGUCAUGGUAUUAAUGAAAAUGUAAAUUUUGUGGGUGAAACCAAAUAGGAAAUAAUUGAAAUUUAAAGGUGAACUAAACCAAAAUUAAAUUAAAUUUUGGAAUUAAAGAACUAAACUAGAUUUAAAAUAACACAGUGUUAACUUAAAUAGAUCAAAGAACAAACUUGAACUUAGAACUUGAAAUUAAUAAAAACAAUAACCUAGGUUGAAAAUAGCAUCCAGGGGUGGACAUUAACUUCAAAACCAACCGGCCAGCCGGGCCGGUAACUCUGAAUAUUUACCGGCCCCGCCAAGAAUCUACCGGCCCCGCUGGUCAGCUGCCAAAACGAGUCAAAAUAACAACUGAACCGUUUUAAAUGUAAUAAACCUUUAUUUUGUACACAUUCACAAACACAAUAACGUAUUCAAGUUUGAAUUUGUUUGUUCCCUCAACAAAACACGAUUUUGUCGUUGCAUACUUCCGGCAUACAACGCAGUACAUCACCAACUCCGCUUUGCUGUACUCGAGCCAUUGACUGUGUUCGAGAUGAGCCAGUUCUGUGCAGAUUAGAUCACCGGUGAUCGGCGAGCAGUGCAUGCCAGUUAGAUUUGUGUCCGAAUUGACGCCGACUUGCUCUGACGUCAUGCAUACGUAGGCAACGAUAACCUCGUGAGAUCAAGGCGGCCGCAGAUUUUGAAGCAAGGCGCUGCAGUUGCUCUCCCUUGGCUGCAAAACCUAGAGGAUGACGGGAAACACCUGGCUCUCACCUGAUCUAAGAUCUGAUUGGUUCAUAUUUUGAUCCAAACAUCCGGUGGUAGAACAUGAAAUGUUAGUUGGUCACAUGUAUUCUGUAAAUCAUGUUACGUUGAUGAUGACAAUAUAGGCCAUAAAGAGAAAUGUGUUUUGUGUUCUUUUGUCACGUUUCCUAUGAGCACACUGAAGCUACAGCUGAUAACCUUUCCUUAUUAUUACAGUCAUGUCUCCAUAUAGAAUAUAUGAUAUCCACAAGCACGUGAGGAUGUGUUUCAGCUGCUAACAGGCACCAGAAUUAAAAUUAAAAAUUGAACAAGUGUGAACGC